AUGGUCGAAAUGGAAGCCAUCAAAGUGCUGGGAAUUCACGGGCCCAACGCUGGUAAAGUUAUUCUUCUCUGUGAGGAGUUGGGCUUGCCAUAUGAGACCGAAGUGAUUCCACUCACAGACAUUAAGAAUCCCAACUACGUCGCCAUCAAUCCGAACGGGCGACUGCCAUCUAUUCAGGACCCAAACACGGGCCUCACGCUGUGGGAAUCGGGCGCAAUCAUCGAGUACUUGACGGAGCGAUACGACCAAACCCACAAGCUAAGCUUCGUGCCUGGUACAUUCGAGGCAUACCAUGCUCGUCAAUGGCUUUUCUAUCAGACCACCGGCCAGGGACCGUACUACGGGCAAGCAAUGUGGUUCAUCAUAUAUCAGCCGCUUCCCGAGGCGCGCGAGCGAUAUGUCAAGGAAGUCAAUCGUGUGACUGGUGUCCUGGAGGGACACCUGGCGAAGCAGACGCCUGACGCGGACGGGAACUCCUGGUUAGUCGGCAGCCGUCUCUCUUAUGUGGACAUGGCCUUCUUUACGUGGCAGCACACAGCCGAGCCGCGAAUUCCGAACGAGGAGUUCAACCAGGAUGACUAUCCGCAGGUCAAGAAGUGGAUUGGCAACAUGCUCGUGCGCCCGAGCGUAAGAAAGAUGCUGAAGUUGCAAGAAGCUAAAUAA